AUGUCGGCAGCCUACUCCGUGCACAAGAUACUCUUUCUGGAGAAGAGUCCGCGGGAUAUGCGAGGAUCAAUGCAGCAAAUGACUUUCACCCUCGGAGUCUCGAUUGCCCUGAUCCUGACUCUGGGGCUAGCCGCAGUUGCCGCGGUACUACGCCUUCAUCGCUACAUCGCCUCGAAGUACCUCCGCGGCAAGAGAAUUGGACUGGAAACUAGUGCUGGGUUUGAUGCAGGUCAAGAGCUAGUAUUUUCUGAAUCCGGCCGCCUAUCAUGCUACUACUGGUCGGCCUCGGAAAUCGCUCCGGAAACUCUUGUACUCCCGACGAUCUUCGGUCGCUUGCCUAUUCUUCCGUUUCCUCUUCUCCUGUCAGCACGCGCCCUAGUCUGCUGGGAUCUCGUCGUGUACAACUCUCGCAAAGGAACAGUGAAUUUUGUUCCCCUCGCUACCUUUUGGCGUCGCUCCGCGGUCCAACAUCUCAAGAAGGAGAAGCCGGUGGCCCCUAGUCGCGUUUCUGGCAGCUUGUGCAUCUCGACUUGCCCGAAGGUCGCCUCUGGCGACUCCUUGAAGCGUGAAGACGGCACGCGACACGCUGCUAAUGCGGACUCGGUUUGCGCGGACACCCUUGCCGAGGCUACCUCGUCGUUGGACUCUUUGUCUGUGCAGCCCCCCUCUCUGGCUACCGAGGCGCUUCACAUCGACCCAAGUGUCAAGGUACCCGGUCCUAUCUGCGUUACGCUCGUCCCCUCCGAACAAUCAAGGAGACGCUCCCCUCGGAAGAAGACUGCGUCGCCAAACUUGAAUCGAAACCAGCAAGGUGCUUCGUCACAGGCCGCCUCUCCUAGCACUCCCAGCGCAUCUCAAGGUACCAAGGCGACUCCAGUCAGACGCCUCAAGACCGCGUCCGUCGAGUUCGUGCUUUUCCUAGCUUGGAAGGUGAUAUCGCAGAAGCGCGUCGUCCCACGUCCCCGUCGCCGGUUCCGCCCCUCUCGCGAGUUCUUGCAGCGCAUCGUCCGUCAGCAUGUCAAACAUAACGCUAGGAUCGCUGCGUCAGGUGCCACACCGCAAUCCCGCAAGGUCUCCGCUUCCUUGGUAAUGCCGUGCAAACCGUCUGCGCCUGUCCCGGGCCCUUCUCCCAAGAAGGCUGAGUUGGUGAUAGCGGCCCCGCCCGCUGUCAGCCUUCCCGCGCCGGCACCGGCCGCUGACCCCCAGCUGUCUCGCAACAACCUGCUCAAGCCGAGCCCGACCACGUCCAUUCGCGGCAAGCAGCUGUACGGCGCGCGCAAGUCACUGCGGUCACAGCCUCUUCGUGUUCCUCGCGGCCAGCCUACUCCGUCCGGCCGGAGCGACCCGUUCUCGUCGAACGCGUCCACCGAGAGCAUGCGUUUGGACCUUCGUUUCAGCAAGCUGGGAGAUUCUGUGCGGCGCAAGGACCCCCUUUCGCCCAGGAUGCUCAUUGCUGCUCACGCCCGGUUUGGCGCUCCGGCUCCCUGCUCUCCUUGAUCCUACUCAUGGACGGUUCGAGUCUCCGAGUAGACAGGUGAGGUGCAACCGACUUGACAUUACCUACCAUACAUGACUGUUCUCAGUUCAAUCACAACCUAUACUCACGAGCUCGGACAUGUGUAGCGAUACAUUCUAUUAUUGUGUACAGCAGACCGAUACCGAUAUUGGGUCUAGUACAG